AUGGUAGACAUCAACGGCCGUGGGCAAUGUGGAAGAACGCCACGGUUAUGGGCAGCACAGCGGAAGCAAAAUGAAGUGAUUCGGAUACUUGUGAGUCGACGUGCUGAUUUAUUGCAUGUGGACAAUGACGGAAACAACAUCCUUCACAUUGCCUGCAAAACAGGAAACAAGGAAAUUAUGCGUGAUCUGAAGAACUUAGCAGAGGAGUUUGUGACGUUCUUCUCCAGGAAAAUUGAAGACAUUCGCAGUGAUUUGCAAACAAAACCAUGCGACAAUGGCCAGCAUUGUCCCGACUGUGACAGUAAUGGAGACUGCUCGGCACCAUGCGAGGUUGGAUUCUAUGGUAGGACGUGCAUGUUGGUGUGCAACAGCGGAUGCAAACAUCGGUCGUGUGAACUCACAAAGACGGGCAUCGAGUAUUGCACGGAGGGAUGUGUUCCAGGCUUCAAAGGUACAAGCUGCAACAUACCAUGCCACAACCCUGGGACACAGUGUACGGUGUGUGAAGCUGGAUGUGAUGGAGGAUACUGCAGACAAGGUUCUACAUCCUUUGUUUCUGGAUGUGUAGACUCCUACUAUGGUCUUGACUGUAAGGACUGCUCUGAGAGAUGUAAGUCAUGUAACAGGUCUACAGGGAUGUGUAACGAUUGUCAUGAUCCAUACCGGGAUCUGAACUGUGAGAUGUCAUGUGAGAACUGUGCAGGAUCUUGUGUGUCUGGAUGUGACGAAGGCUGUAAACCUGGCUUCUAUGGUCAUUGGUGUGAUAAGGUGUGCAGUGGAAACUGUCGUCCUGGGCCCAACAAAACUGCAGUUUCUGUCUUGGAGUGUGACCAAAAUACAUCCAUCAACUGCAUCCCCAAGUGUGACAACAACACUGGAGACUGUGUCCACGGUUGUAAUGACGGAUGGUAUGGUACAAACUGCUCCUCUCGAUGUAGCCGGAAGUGUGCAAAUAUGUCCUGCACGGAUUCAGGGUCGUGUGCAGCUGGUUGUGCACCAGGGUAUGCUGGGACUGACUGCUCCUGUAUUGAAAACUGCAUCCAUGAAGUUUGUCACCCGAAGAACGGAUCUUGUGUGAAAGGUUGUAUCAAUGGAUAUUAUGGUGCAUUUUGUAACAUCUCGUGUGAUGUCUGUCUUGACGGAGUAUGUGGUCGGACACAUGGAACCUGCACCAGAGGAUGUAAUGAUACCAACCAGACAUGCACAUCUAACUGUACUAAAGACUGUCCUUUGGAGGUCUGCCUUCAAGUCAGAACAUGUUCAGAGACCAAAAGUGAGAGCUCUACACUGAUCGCAAUCACCACCGGGGCGUUAGCAGCGUGUUUACUUUGCUUAAUUGGCAUCAUGGUAGCAAUUCGUAUUAUUGUCUUCGAACGCUUUAAAAGGGAUGAAGCUGAUGAUGGAGAUGUGGAAUGUCCAGCAGAUCAGCAGGAUACACACGACUACGAGCUUGUGGAUGUUGAGAAACGAAUCCGGCCCUGUGAUAGUUUUUCUUUAGUGGAUGUUCACUUCAGUCAAUGCAAUACAUUGACUGGCCAAACUGCCCUCCAGUAA